AUGUGCACUGGAGGCUGCGCCAAGUGCCUGGGGGGCACGCUCAUCCCCCUUGCCUUGUUCGGCUUUUUGGCUAACAUCCUUUUAUUUUUUCCUGGAGGAAAAGUGAUAGACAACAAAGACCACCUUUCUGACGAGGUCUGGUUUUUCGGAGGAAUAUUAGGAAGCGGGGUCUUGAUGAUCUUCCCCGCGCUGGUGUUCUUGGGCCUGAAGAACAAUGACUGCUGCGGGUGCUGUGGCAAUGAGAGCUGUGGGAAGCGCUUCGCGAUGUUCACCUCCACAAUAUUUGCUGUGAUUGGAUUCUUGGGUGCUGGAUAUUCAUUCGUCAUCUCCGCCAUCUCAAUCAACAAGGGUCCUAAGUGUCUCAUGGGCAACAGCACGUGGGGCUACCCCUUCCACGAAGGGGAUUACCUCAAGGAUGAGAGCUUGUACAGGCAAUGCCUAGAACCUGUCAAUGUGGUGCCCUGGAAUCUGACCCUCUUCUCCAUCCUGCUGGUCGUAGGAGGGAUCCAGAUGCUUCUCUGUGUCAUCCAGAUCGUCAACGGCCUCCUGGGGACCCUGUGUGGGGACUGUCAGUGCUGCGGCUGCUGUGGGGGAGACGGACCAGUUUAAAUCUCCUUGAUGAGCUGCUCUAACUUGAUGGCAUGUGGGACAUUACAUUAAACUUAUUCUUUUUCCUGGGGCUGGCAAUUCCUGUCUGCGUCCUAGCUGACAAAGCUUAGGGACAACAGAGUUACUCCUUCCACUUUUCCAAGCAGCUUAGCUCAAUUCAGAUGUUUAUGCUAUUUUCAAAAAUAAAAAAUAGGUUGGUCACUUAAGUUAGGUUUCUAUAUCUUUCAGAUUUGCUUCCUAGAAUUGAAGAGCAGGUUCAAAGCAACUUUAUCAUAAUUUGUUUUGAGGAGAAAAUGUGUAAGGUCACACAUAGUACCACAUUGCUUCUUUGUAUAUAGAGAUGUUUAUAUCUUUGGAAUGUUUACACAGUUCAACGGAGGAAAGCACAUUAAAAAUGAGAAACUAAGACCAGCUUCUAUUUCAAGAUUUAUGAGAAAAACAGAAUGACUGAUGUAUCAUAAAUAAUUUUAUUUGGUGUCUUU